AUGGCAGAUCCUUCAAAUGCUGGUAUUAUCCAGGUAGGAGAGGAGCGUUGGAUUCCAGGAUCACAACGCGCAGAUGGCUCUUAUCGCAAAGAACGUAAAGUGAGACCUGGAUUUGUCCCACUGGAAGAUGUAAAACGGUAUUCAAAUGCUCGUAUCGAAGCGAGUCGAGAAGCUUCCUUGCCUCCUGGUGCCAAGACAGCCACUUCAUCCAUACCAGGUGCUAAAAAGAAGCCAGCAGAGAAACUAAAACCCGCUGCUGCCAAACCUACAAUGGCUCCAACACCACCUGCUGCAGACCAAACCAAGGAAAAAAAGAUCAAAGCACUCAACAAGAAAAUAAGACAAAUUACAGAAUUGGAGCAAAAGUUGAUCAAGGGCGAGAAAUUGAAUGAGGAGCAGCACGAAAAGGUCAAGAAGGGAAAAUCGCUACGAGCGGAAUUGGAGAGGUUGUCUUUAGAGUAA